AUGCAUUACUCUGUGAUCACAUUCGGUCAUUUUAUCCAACUGACUAGCCUAGAAAAUCUCGCGCUCAUGAGUAUGCGUUCUAUGGAAGCACCAGGAGACAGUGGUUCUCCGAAGGCAGGUAAUUUUAGUAUGCAUUCUAUGGAAGCACCAGGAGACAGCGAUUCUCCGAAGGCAGCUAGUUUUGAAAUACAGUUGUUUUGGUUCCUCCUUGCCCGUGAAAGUGGUGGUUUUCGAAGAAGAUACUAUGGAGCAUUCCGAAAAAAGUGA